UCAGUAUAGUCAGAGUGCUCAGUGCAGCUGCAGCCGGGCUCCCUCUCUGUUUCUGCUACAUCAGUGCGCGCAGGCGCAGUCGGCUCCUCUGUGCGCUCUACUGUUUGCAUUGUGUCUGAACUGCCGGCGAGCUUUAAAAAUAUUAAACCACCGCGGCAAUGUCGGGCAGGUCGGUCCGAGCUGAGACCCGGAGCAGGGCGAAAGAUGACAUCAAGAGGGUCAUGGCCGCUAUUGAGAAAGUACGAAAAUGGGAGAAGAAAUGGGUGACUGUCGGAGACACGUCCCUUCGCAUCUACAAGUGGGUGCCGGUGACGGAGCCCAAAUCAGACGACAAGAACAAGAACAAGAAGAAGGGCAAAGACGAGAAAUACGGCUCCGAGCUGACGACUCCAGAGAACAGCUCCUCUCCGGGGAUGAUGGACAUGCACGAUGACAACAGCAACCAGAGCUCCAUCGCCGACUCGUCUCCAGUGAAACAGGAAAACAGUUGUAGCACCAGCCCCACCCCGGAGGCCACCAACGCGUCCCACCGCGAGAACAGCGAGGCCAAGACUGACCAGAGCCCGGACAGCAAGAGGGGUAAGAGCACCCCGUCAUCAGAGACCUCAGAGAGAGCACAAAGUGCCAAGAGAGACAGUCUGUCCUCAGGGGAGAAGGACUCUUCAGACAGCAAAGCCACUCAGGAUCUAGACGAGGAGGCCCCGCCCAGCAAGAAAAGCAAACAGGAGUCCUCAUCUCAGGACUUUGAGGAGAGUUAAACGUUUGGGGCUGAGUCAUUUCUCUCCUUCACCCUCCUCCUCCUCCUCCUCUUCUUCCUCCUCCUCCCUCUGCACCUCCCUCCAUUAACUCUAGAUAAUUUAGGGCUAAUGGAUACACCAGCUCUCCUCCCACUCCUCCUCUCACCACCCUCACCUCCUCUUCUCUACCCAAACUAUACCAAAGGGAGAAUGGACGUCUCUCUUCCUCCCUCCUUCCCUCCCCCUUCUCCUCCUCCUCCUCCUGCCCUCCAGUUUGCCACCUUUUGCCCUAACACUCCUCUGCCACAGAGGGAGAAUGGAUAUUACCUCUAUUCACUGGUCCCCCUCCGUGCUUCCUUCCAGUUCUCCACACUUUUUCACUAAUGCCAAGAGAAGCUCUGAACCCGGGGCUGCAAUCCCCUCCUCCUCCUCCUCCUUCUCCACCACCUCCUCCUCCACCUCCUCCUCCUGCGACCAGGUGGAGGGGGGACGGCGCUGUCAGCCGGAAGCCCAGCCACCGCCAGGCCAGAACACACAAACACUGACCUGCAUCUGUGACUAAAAGAGUUAACACUGGGGAUCUGAGAUUAGGACGAGGUCGAUCCCGGACGCUGCUCUGAGACUCGUUUUUCAAACAUUUUCCUGCUAACGGUUUAGCUCAGGAUACCCGAGAGGCUAACCUGGUCUCAGAUCAGCGUCCGCCGGGGUGGAACCUCCACCCUAAGACCACACGUCACGUCAAAUCCUCCCGAUUCGCCUCCUGUUAGACUAAUGUUCUAUAUUUGUUUAGGAAAUGUUUAGGGUUUUUUUCUCAGGAGGGUCAAUGCACUGUUAUGGUAUGUCACAAUCGAUCACAGAUAGAUUUGCUGCUGUAGUGGAAGUCUUUUUUCUCUAUCCAUGAAAAGUUCUCCAUUCACACGUUAGUUUGUGGUUUCGUAGACGAAGAAGACGACGGUACAGGUCGAGAUGAAACCGAUGAGUAGUGAGGACAGGCGUAGGCUAGCGUAGGUCCUGAAGGCGUGCCUUGAGUUGCUACGAUUAAAUACACGUUUGUUUGUUUCUGUUUUUGUUUUUUAGGUCAAACAGGUUUUGAAUUACAAGUUUGGUGCCAUGUUUGUUUUUUGUUUUUUUGCCUUAUAAUCAUCACUAAUUAAUAUUCAAUACUUAGAUUUAACGUCUUGUUUUAACUUGGAGUAGUUUUGUUUUGUCGAGUUCAGAGGACUGAUGCCGGUUUCCGUCGUAUUUCCAGCUGCUGAUUAACGUUAGGCUUAAUCAGCUUUGUGUGAACUCAUCUGGAAAGGGCUCGAUUUGUAACGGACGUUCACUCGUGUGUAAAAAGUUAAAAGAUAGAGACCGGAGGCACUUAGCGUAGCUUAGCAUAAAGACUGGAUACGGGGGGAAACUGCUAGCCUGGUCCUGUCGUCCAAGACAGUUUGUUUGUUUAAUUACUGUAAAUUCUUCCGGGAAGUCACUACUUCCAGACAAGAAAUAGUCCCGAUACCAGGCUAGCAGUUUCCCCCCGUUUCAAGUCUUUAUGCUAAGCUAAGCUAAGCGGCUCCUUGUUCCUUUUUAUAAUUACGAUGCCUCCGCCGCAGUCCCGGUUGCUGUAAGUCUGCUCUGUUGCUAAAUUACCUGGCGGUGAACUUGUUUGGCAAGGGCUUGAUUUUUUUACAUGUUGCAGCUUUAAGCCAGAGCCAGGAGGCACUUAGCGUAGCUUAGCAUAAAGACUGGAUACAGGGGGAAACUGCUAGCCUGGUUCUGUUCUACCGACACCUCCUAAAGAUCAACACAAGAUUUUAUUUGUUCUGUCGUCCAAGACAGCUCAUUUGUUUAAUUACUGUAAAAAAAAAAAAAGAUUUCUUCCGGGAAGUCACUGCUUCCAGACAAGAAAUAGUCCCGAUACCAGGCUAGCAGUUUCCCCCCGUUUCAAGUCUUUGUGCUAAGCUAAGCUAAGCGGCUUCAUUGUAUAAACGUGAAAGUGGCGUCAGUCCAACUCCCCCAAAAUGUGGAGCUACUCCUUUUUAAAACAGUUGGCGACUGGAAUUUGAACACUACCCAGAAAUACUUUGAGUUUUGUCUUUAUUUUUUAUUCCCACACAAGAUCGUCAUCACAAUCACAUCUUCUAACGUAACAUCUCCAAACCUCAUGAAUCAGAACUCCUCGACGCCGGUCUGGAUCUUCUUCAGGUGGCACUUCUUUUUUUUUUUUUCCCCCCCGGCCGCCUUUUGAAAGCAGAAACAGAACCGGCUGCUGGGUUGGACUGUGUUUUUGUUUUUUAUUACCCCAUGUGAUCCACCAUCACGACUCGUAUUUAAUCACUUCUCAUGUCUGUUCUGUGUAUCACUACUUAUCUACGACCUACGACAGAAAGGGUCCAGUCUUUUUAGCUCAAAACAUUGGUUCUAAUCCUCCUUCAAGGUGCUGUCUGUUGGCUGAAUCCAUACACGGGUGGCAUCCAGAUCUUGGGUUUUUGUGCAGAUUUGUGCAAUUUACUUGAACUUUAUAUUAAGUACGGAUUCAGACCUAUGACCUCUAAAUGUUCAACCUCACACAUGUUAAGAUUUAGUUUCAUUGAUCGAUUAUAUUGUGAACAAUGGAUUGGAAUCAAUAGAAUCACAAACCAAUGACUUCACGACAUCACAAAGGGGCUGUAGUAACACUUUACGACGCAGAAUUACUUGAUCAGAUUUCAACAAAUCAGCAUUCACAUGGAUGGAGAGAAAAGAAAUAAUUAAAAAAAAAAACAAUUGUCUCAGUUUAGAGGAUGGAUUAGCAUAUACCUCAUUCCCAGUCCAGCAGCGCUGGAACUUAAAAUGCUAUUGUAUUGACAUUAACAGUUAUAAACAGCAUUAUGUACACUCAGUUUAAGAAAAAAAAAAUCUCACUUAUGUUGUAGCUUUCACCUGAUUGAGCCGAUUGCUUAUAGUUUGCUCAUAACUGUGUGUUUUUAAAAAAAAAGAUAAAAAGAAAAAAGAGCUGUGAGAUAUAAAAUCUUGUUUUUUUUUUUCUUGGGACCAUUUUUUUGUUUCACUUUAGAUCUUGUACAGAUUUAUGGUUUGGUUUGACUUAUUUAUUCCAUCAGUAGUGCUUGGUUUUUAUCAUGUCCAAUGGUUUUGUUUUCUUAAUAAAAUUCACAAAAAAUG